GAUUGGGAGUUCUUUGAAGGAGUUGAGGAAGGAUAUUGAUGAUAAGUUUGUUCAAUUUGAGAGUAAAAUGAAGGCUCACAUUGAUUCUAAAAUUGAAGAGGGUUUGGUUUUGUAUUUGGAUAAGAAGUUUUCAGAUUUAAAUGAUGUAUUGGAGGGCUUGAAAGAUUGUGUUACUAGUCAGGUAAAGUUCAUUUCCUUUAUUAUUAUUUUUUUAUUUUUUAAUUUUUGUGUGUUUUUAUUUUAAUGUUUUGUUAUUUAUUAAUAUUUGUUUUAGAGGUAUGAUGAUCAAAAUGGUGGUGAUGGGAGUGAUGAUAGUGGUGGUGCGGAAGAUGAUGGAAGUGACGGCGGUGAUGGCAGUGAUGGCGGUGAUGACUGUGAUGGUGGUGAUGGCGGUGAUGACAGUGGUGAUGGUGGUGAUGGGGACGAUGAUAAAUCUGAUUCUGGGAAACUUGAUGAUAUUGAUGUGGAAAAUGAGGUACUGAUAGGUUACUUUUUGAGUUCUUAUGUUGGUUUUUUAUUUUAUUUUAGUAUAUAAUAUAAUGUUUAGUUUCCAUUCUAAUAAUUUUUCAAUUUUUAUUUUGUUUGUAAUUUGUAUAAUUUUUUUCAUACGUGUUUGUCAUUGUAGGAUGAUGAUGAGGGUAAUGGUGCAGCUGUUGAUGAUUUGGGUGGUGUUAAAGAUGAUGGUGCUGAAGUUUAUAAGGAAAUAAGACAAAUAUCAGAUGCUGUUGUUAAUGAAGUUGUCGAUCAGGCUGGUGAUCAAGGUGUUGAGGAUUGCAUGGAUAAGGUUUUGUUUUUUAUUUAUUUUUGUUUUAUUAUGCUUUUGUAUUUUGUUUUGUUGAUUUAGUAACUAAUAUGUUGCUUUUUCAGGUUGGUAAUGAUCGUCCAAGUUUUGAUAUUAUGGGUUCCUUGUUGGCCCAGUCUGAAAAUGUUGAAGAUUUGUUAGAAGAUAAAAAAAUUGUUGGGGAUGACAAUGUUAUAGAAGCAUCUAAAAGGGAUAGUGAGAGCACUGACGAUGGUAUUACAUCUGCUGAGAUGUUAAUUAUAUCAGAGAAAGUGGAUGCUGUUUGUCAUGAUUAUGAGUUGAAGAAGAGUAUGGAAAAAUCCAAAGUUAUUGAUUUGGGUAGUGCUGGUACCCCAAGGGAUUUGCAAGGUGUUAUUAGAAUUGACUUUGGGGAUUCGUCCGGAAAAUCUGUUAAGAUUGGUGAAACAAAGUAUUUGAAAGGUCUACACCCUUUCAAUUCUGAGUUGCUUGAUCCACCGCAUUGUCUUCAACAAGAUUCAUUUGAUGAGUGGUUUCUUGAUGGCUUUAAUGACCAGAAUAAGAAGAAGAAGUUUGUUAGAGGAAAGAACAUGUUGGAUGCACCUUUGGAUUUCUCAAUUGAUUCUGUUAGUGAUAAAUGGUGGUUUUAUGAUCUAUUGACGCCUGGGAGAUGUUUGUCUGACUCUGUGAGUGUUUUUAUAUAUAUUUUUGUAUCUUUUUUUAUUGUUUGUAUGAUUUUUUGUUGCUGUCUAUAAUUUAUAUAAUUUUUUUUCAGCAUUUAGAUGUUAUAUUUUACUACUUGAGAAAGAAACUGAAGUAUGAUCCUCGGGUUACUGUUUCUGCAACUACGACCGAUUUUAAUUUUUACAACAAGGUGGUUGAGUUGUAUGAAAACUUUGUGAAGUCUAAGAAAAAUAUUGAUUAUGUGCCUAAGAGUAAUAUGGUAAUUGAGUAUAUGGAGGGGUAUUGUAUGUAUGCUAAUACUCGGUGGUUGUUUGUUGAUUAUGUUUUGAUAUAUGUUCAUGUCAAAGAUGAUCAACAUUGGGUUUUAGUUGUUUUUGAUAUAAAGAAUAGGUGUCUCAAUGUCUAUAAUUCAA